CAGCCAUGGGGAAGAUCACCUUCUACGAGGAACGGGGCUUCCAGGGCCGCCACUACGAGUGCAGCAGCGACCACGCCAACCUGCAGCCCUACUUCAGCCGCUGCAACUCCAUCCGCGUGGACAGCGGCUGCUGGAUGAUCUACGAGCGCCCCAACUUCCAGGGCCACCAGUACUUCCUGCGGCGCGGGGACUACUCCGACUACCAGCAGUGGAUGGGCUUCAACGACUCCAUCCGCUCCUGCUGUCUCAUCCCCCAAGCAAGUUCCCACAGGCUGCGACUGUAUGAGAAAGAGGAUCACAAAGGCCUCAUGAUGGAGCUGAGUGAGGAUUGCUCCUGCAUCCAGGACCGCUUCCACCUGAGUGAAGUCCGCUCCCUCCACGUGCUGGAGGGCUGCUGGGUCCUCUAUGAGAUGCCCAACUACUGCGGCCGGCAGUACCUGCUGCGGCCCCAAGAGUACCGGCGGUACCACGACUGGGGCGCCCUUGAUGCUAAGGCAGGCUCUUUGCGGAGGGUGGUGGAUUUAUACUAAAAUAGGUUCACACCACUAUUUUCUCAUUUUGGAACCUAAUAAAGUAUCUAGUCUGUAUUGUUGGCAAUC